UUGGAAAAAAAGGGUGAUAUCUGGGCAUUGAUAAGUACAGAGUCGUGUUAUUAGAAGUGGGUAUCGGAGAAUAAAAUGAUAAACAGGAAUAUUAUGGGAUUUGCAGAGAUUAAUAGAAUCGGAUUGGAAAUAACGCAGGGGUAUGUCAGAGAAUUUUGGAGAUAAAAGGAGAUAUCAGGGAUUUAGGGAAAUAAGGAGUUUUCACGUGGAUUUGGUGAAUGAUAAAUGAUAUAAGAGCGAAAAAGGUAUUUCGAAGAUUUGGGGUGAAAAGUGCCGAUACAUGGGAAUUGCCAAUGAUUUAUCAGAGAAUUUUGGGAAAAAAGGGUAAUAACAGAGAUUUGGGAGAUUGAUGGGAUUAAUAUUAGAGGAUUUUGGAUAAGGAUGAUGGUGAGUAUAAAAGAUAUCUGCGGAUUUUUGCAAAAAAGAUAAUAUUUGAGAUUUGGGGAUAAAGGGGGUUACCCGGGAUUUUGGGUAAAUAAAAGCGAUAUCAAUGGUUCUGCGGGCUAAAAGGUCGACACUGAGGUAAUGUGUAUUAAAAACGGCACAAAGAGAUUUUGUCAACGAGCGAGAUGUGAGGAUUCGAUUAUAGGGAGUCUGUUAAGAACAUUAGAAGGUAUAAUACGAGCGUUAGGACGCUGGUUUAAUUUUAGAAUUGUUGUCUGUCUGUCCGCAGCUUUAAAUUUUGCUGUGAUUGGCGUUGUGUUUAUUUUUUAA